AUGGCCGCCCUGACGACGGUCGUGGUGGCGGCGGCGGCCACCGCCGUAGCCGGGGCUGUGGCGGGGGCGGGCGCGGCCCCGGGAACCGGCGUGGGAGCCGCGGCGCCGCAACAGAAUGAUGGCUGUCUUGGUACUUCAGGUGGAAUUCGUCCUUUUCAUCUUCAAAACUGGAAGCAGAAAGUUAGUCGAACUAAGAAAGCAGAAUUCAUACGUACAGCCGAAAAAUUUAAAAAUCAGGUUAUUAAUCUAGAAAAAGACAAACACAGUCAUUUCUACAACCAAAAAAAUGAUUUCAGAAUUGAACAUAGUAUGCUGGAAGAAUUGGAAAAUAAACUGAUUAACAGCAGGAAAACAGAAAGAGCAAAAAUCCAGCAACAAUUGGCCAAAAUAUACAGCAAUGUAAAGAAACUUCAGCAUCAGUUAAAAGAUGCGAAGCCUACACCUGAUUUUGUUGAAAAGCUCAGAGAAAUGAUGGAGGAAAUUGAAAAUGCAAUUAACACUUUUAAGGAAGAGCAGAGGUUGAUAUAUGAAGAGCUUAUUAAGGAAGAGAAAACAACUAAUAAUGAGUUGAGUGCCAUAUCAAGAAAACUUGACACAUGGGCUUUGGGUGAUCCAGGAACAGAGAAGGCUUUCAGAGCAGCAUCGGCCAAGGUUCCUGCGGACAGAGUCACACCAAGUGCUCUUCCAGAAGCCGUGGCAGAGUUUGAAAGGUUCCUUCAGCUGACAGGAGGGCGCCAGGGGGGCUGGGACGAUUAUGACCACCAGAACUUUGUGAAGACGAGAAACAAGCAUAAAGGGAAGCCAGCGUUCAUGGGAGAAGUUCUAGAGCACCUUCCCGGAAGAACGCAGGAUGAAGUUCAACAGCAUGAGAAAUGGUAUCAAAAUUUUCUGGCCCUAGAAGAAAGAAAAAAAGAGUCUAUUCAGCAUUGGAAAACCAAAAAGCAGCAAAAAAUGGAGGAAAUUUUCAAAUUAAAGGAAAAAGACAGCAUACAAGUACUUUCUCAUAAUAAACAGGAAGAUAAUAAAAAACAAAAAGAAGAACAAAGAAAGAAGCAAAAAUUGGCCAUUGAAGCUUGGAAAAAACAGAGAAGUAUAGAAAUGUCAAUGAGAAACGCUUCCCAGCUGAGAGAGGAGGCAGAGAGGGAAAAGCAGCAGCAGCAGAGCGCACGCCAGCGCCAGUGCAAGCUGAAGGUGCUGCUGGAGGCCUAUGCCCAGCAGAAGAAAGGGCAGGCAGAGCGCUUGGGACCUGACAAGGAGACACGGGGGAAGACAGACAAGGCAGGAAGAAGGAAGUCUGCUGCUGGCGAAAUGUCCCGCUUUCAAGAAAGAGAUUUACAUAAACUUGAAUUGAAAAUUCUGAAUAGACAAUUAAAGGAAGAUGAGAAGGCAGAAAAACAAAGAAAACUGGCAAAAUUAAAAGAAAAGGUUGAAAACAAUGUUAGUAGAGAUCCAUCUAGACUUUACAAACCUACCAAAGGUUGGGAAGAACGGACCAAAAAGAUAGGACCAACAGGCUCUGGGCCACUUCUACAUAUCCCACAUAGGGCUAUUCCAACCUGGAGACAAGGAGUUUAG